AUGAGUUUUACUAGAUCGUUCGUUGAAUCUGAGAAAGAGCUAGAUUCUAUCAUUAGGCUGGAUAUAGAAAGAAAAUCAUUGAUAAAAUUGGCCGUGGUACAGGCAAUCAACACCUGUCAGAAGUACAAGCAGAAUAUCACCAAGGACAGGGUCGCUGAGGAAACCGUUGAUCACAAAUCGAGUCACGACUAUGAUCUUAUAAUUAGCAAACUUAAGCAGGAGCAUGCUACCAAGGAGAAAAUAUAUGAGUCGAAAAUUGAGGCCUUGAAUGAGGAGAUCGAAAAGCUUAAAGACAGUACAUUCAGUGAACCUUCCUCACAGAUAUCUCGACCUUCUUCAGCAGGCUUAUCGAGUACAUCAACAUCGAGACCUGGACUUUCAUUUUCGACUUCGCCAUACUUGAAUAAAUUGAGUUCAACUUCGAGAAACUACCUAUCGCCCACUAUCAAUUCAUUAAGCAAAUCUAUCGCUUCGGUUCCCUCACCAGAUGAUCACCUUGGGUCCACUAUCUUAUCCCCGAUCCAAGCGAAGAAGAAGGUUUCCAUGCAUCAGCAGGCUAAUCCUAAACCGAAACGAACUUACACAAAUUUCAACACGUUGAAACGAAUGAACCCCGGAGGUCCCUCAAUUGACGAUAUAAUAAAGGGAAGAGUGUUGAAACAGCUAAAUGUGCCCAAUGCCAGAAGAGCGCAUGUGAUACAGAACAACCCUUCUAAUGCUUCGGAGCCACCAACCACAACGGUUAUCACUGCAACUAGUGUUACUACCACCAGGUCGGAGCCCGGAACACCAAGCAAACCGAGCACGAAUCAAAAUGAAGCAGAAACUGAGAAUGGACUCGAAAGUGCUAAUAUUGGGUCAUCCUUUGAUGAGAGCCAAGGUCCUUUUAGUGCUGCAACCUCCAUGGCCACCUCCGAUGAUGAUUUUUAUGCCAGUGCCAAUUCGACAUUGAACAAUUUAGAGGUUGGACAACAAAAUAAAGACGACUCUAGUAGCAAGAAAAGGACGAAGAAGAAGGUGCAGCUAUCAAAAUCUGGAGCUAGAAAACUAUCACACGCUGAUGGACAGCAGUUAGGUACUCCAGAGGCCGGAAAUUCGAGCCUAGUUAAACAGGAGCCUGGUAUUGGUGGAGAGAAUUCUCUAUUCAGCAAGAAUGAUACCAGCCCGAAUAAAGGAUUAAACUUGGAAGAUGAAGAUUUAAAUACAUUAAACUACUAUCAAGAUUCCAACUGGACAGAGGAAAAUGACUCCACGCCGAAAAGAGGAGCCAGUAGAAUGGGAAGUGAUGGAGGAGGUCAGAAGAAACGAAGAAGGAUUAUAUUUAAAAUUGACUAG